UAUAUUUGGUUCAUUUCUUUUAUUUGACAGGUGGCCGUGUUAGGAAGACUGACGACCAGAUCGAACAGAAGAGGUAGAUGAACAUCAGUCAGUACACAGGAAACAUAUGUGUUAAGGUUUUGACACGUUAGUUUAUUGCCGACUACUUGGGCGUCAUGGUAGAAGAAAUUAAGGUCCACGAUGGGAUGAUCUCCUUCCGUCCUAAAGGACAUUUUCUCAAGAAGUUGAAGGAACAUUAUGCGAUACUCUUCGCCACCUCCAAAAGCGGGAUGGCACGUAUCGAGUUCUACGAAAACCAAUCGGCAUCUUGCUCUAGCCCCUAUACUCUCAUGAUCCCCGGUUCUGACGUCAUCAAGGUCAGGAUGGUCUGCGGUAACACCAACGAGGAGAAAAACUCCUUUGUGAUUGCAACGAGGGCUCAGCAACACAUGUUCUGCACGAAGAAACCAUUCGAUUGUGAAAUUUGGGUAGAGAAAAUUCAGAGGACGUUGUUAAUACCGUUUCAAACGCCAACGGCGGGGGCAAUCCAAGUCAAGGCCACUCCCAAUGAAUGUAUCACUGAUAAUGAUAUCUACGUUCCUGCUGUAGAAAUGUGCCGGGAAUACACUGUAACGACUGGUGUGGAGACGCGUAUGAAACUGGCAGUGGACGGCAAGGUGCGACUCCGAGUGGAAAAUGGCCAUAUCACCAUCAUUUCCUCCUGCGGCAACAGGAUUGUCCGUUGGCCCAUUGAGCACCUUAGACGUAUGGGCUUCACUGACAGCGCCUUUCACAUUGAGGCCGGGAGGAAGAGUCCAGUUGGAGAGGGAAAGUUCGUUUUCAUUACUAACGAGGGAAAGAAUAUCUAUUCGCUGAUCAUGAAGGAGAAGGAGGUGUGUCGUCAUAUUGCCAGUAAAAGUCAGGGGACAGCCCUCCCCCCAGGUCGGAUAGCGGCGCCCUCCGAACCUGAGCCCGAGUCCCUCCUCUUCUCAGGACACAUCUAUGAGGCUGUGAAUGACUUAAUACCCCAGCCACCCAGCAUAGGCAAUGUCACACGACCUGGCUUUAAGGAGAAUUCCUUGUCUGGAAACCCGGGUAAGCCCCCUCGAAUCUCUACCACUAACAACUGUGACGCACAUUCUCCAAAGCCACCAUCCUUGUCAGUGGUGGGUCAGCCUACAACCUCGUCAGGCAAAAGUGGGGAUGUGAAGUCACAAUCAUCUUCACAUCUACCCACCAUGUCUGCCACCAAGUCCUUGCCCACCAACCCUGCCUCCACCUUUCCCUCCACCGAUAUGCAAUCACUUUCCAAUUACCAGCAACACACUCAUCCUGAGAGCAGUAUUUAUUCGGAGGCAAUAAUCCCUACAGAAGCUUGGAAGGGAUGGGAUGACGACGAAACCAUGCCAGUGCCGCAUAUUGGAAUGGAUACUAUUGUGCUGGAGGUCCAAGAAUUGGGCGCAUACCCCGUGCGAAAACAGGGAUUGUAA